CCCGUUAGUUGCGUCUGCCGAUAAUAGCACAUCAGCCAGAGCGCUGCUAUUGGGAGAGCAGAGCGCAGGCAGUGCGGAGGACUGAGCGGCUCAGCACAGAAUGGAACACUAGAGAAGACAGGCACACUCAGAAAGAGAUAGAGCAAGAAAGGAAAGAGAGCAUCGGAGCACGUUGAGAAGAGGAGGACAGAGAAGGAGCGGAGAGCACUGCAAAGAGGAGAGGAGAGGAGAGGAAGGAGAGGAGAGGCAGGGAGAAAAGUUACCAGGUCAGCAAGUGAUCGUGGAAGUGGAGCAGCUGAGACUCACUGGGGUCUCUUUCCUCCUGGAACAGCCUGGCACAGCAAUAAGCAGCACAGGAGGAGAGUGAUAUUACAAGAGGGGGAUAGAAGGAGUGCUGUAACUUCUUCCCGGAAAGACAGUUCUGUCUGCAGGCGUGGGUAAUGCUCCUCACAGGACCCUUGAGCACAGCUACUUCAGGACUAUCACAGCAAGACAGCAGCAGUGAGCAGGAGACUCUUCAGCCUGGCAGAGGUGCCUGGACAGUGCAGCUCUGUUCAACUCUAUACUGAAGACUCACAUACUCAACUGUGUGCUUUCAGGUGGAUGUAGUUGUGUUCCUGUGAGGUUUUUUUAUUUUCUUUUUUGAUCCAGGGUGUGAAUCAGGGGACAUUUGGAGCGUGAUCUGUUCUGUCCUGUCAUCUCUGAGACUAUGGUAGACUGUGCAUCAGGGAGCCCUUCAUCAGCAGCUGCAGCCCUAGAGCAUGGAGAAGUCCAGUAGUGAGGAGUCAGCCAUUCACCGUAGCCCGUCUGUAGAUAGCCACGACUCCGAUUUUGCUCAAGCCUCUACGUCUGGCCGUCCGAUUGGCGGCCGCGGCUUCACUGCCGGCGCAUUCUACGGCUCCACGGGGCCGCGCAAAAGCGCACAGCAGGCACAGGCUGGAGCAGCAGCCGACGCCGGCGCAGGAGACAAGACCAACAACAAGUACAGCUCACCCAAAGGCAGCAAAUACGUGGUCUUUUACCUGGAUCUAUCCUUUGUGUUCCUUUUAGAAUUCAAGAAGUGCAACAUGGCAAGAGGCUGCCUCUGCUGCUUGAAGUAUUUGAUGUUCACCUUCAAUCUCAUCUUCUGGUUAUGCGGCUGUGGGCUGCUCGGCGUGGGCAUCUGGCUCUCGGUGUCUCAGGGCAGCUUCGCCACCUUCUCGCCCUCAUUCCCCUCAUUGUCAGCUGCCAACAUGGUCAUCGCCAUCGGCGCCAUCGUCAUGGUAACGGGCUUCCUCGGCUGCCUGGGUGCCAUCAAGGAGAACAAGUGCCUGCUUCUAAGCUUCUUCAUUGUCCUGCUGAUCAUUCUCCUGGCAGAGCUCAUACUGAUCAUCCUUUUCUUUGUGUACUCAGACAAGGUGAGUGAGAAUGCCAAGCAGGAUCUGAAGGACGGCCUGGCUCUCUACAACUCAGAGAACAACAUCGGCCUGCGAAACGCCUGGAACAUCAUCCAGGCAGAGUGGAAGUGCUGCGGUGUGAUAGCAUACACUGACUGGCACGAGGCUCUGAAGGAGACGGUGGUUCCUGACCGCUGCUGCCAGGAGCAUUACCAGAACUGUGGGAGAAACUCCACCAACAUGUUCUGGAACAGGGGCUGCUUUGAGAAAGUGGAGGAAUGGAUGGACGACAACAAGCACCUGCUGGUUACCAUUGGCAUGGUCAUCUUGGUGGUGCAGCUCCUGGGCAUGGCGUUCUCCAUGACACUGUUCCAUCACAUCCACAGAACGGGGAAGAAGUACGACGCUUAGCCUUUAGGAGAAGGCACCCAAUGGAGAGGAGCCCCACUGCCUGAUGGGAUAAGACUCUGAUUUCAACAUCCCUGCCCCCCCCUCCCCUCUCCUCACUUUACAAUCUCUUUAGAGCAUCCUUUGACCCCCCCCCCCACUUCCCCCUUUUCCUCGACCUUCUGUACCGAUCCAGCUGUGUUCCCUCUCUGUUCUGCUCUCACCAUUCAUUCUGCCAAAGAGUUACACAACUGGAAGAGAAGGGACACCUGCUUUCCUUUUUUUUUGGCAAAGAAGAGAAUCCCAUUGGUUGUCACUCCUCUUGAGUACAUUUCUAUAUUUUUUUUUGUUUCUUUUUGCUUGGACUAACACUUUGCUGGAAUGGAAGAAGAGACAUUUGAGAAGACUUUUACUAAUGCCCCUCGCACCCGCUCAGAGGCACAGACAACCAUGAAACUGAUGAGAAGCUCCACCUGUUGUGGGAUUUUCUCUCCUCUUGUUUAUUGAAAAAAAAACAAGCCCCUCUUUUCACCUGUAAAUGAAAGAAGUUCCAACAUGGCAUGCUAGUUUUCUACUUUACUGAUUUACCGUCGUCGUCGACAUGUCAGAUGUCUUUAUUUUAUCUUGUUUAUUUUUGUAACGUGUGUCAACGAUGCUCCUGUGGAAUUGAAGUGUGAACAGAUCAGUGUAAUGAGCUCUCCAACACGCAGGAGGUGGGGGGGGGGGUUGACGGGACGAUGCUGCAGAGGGGAUACACACACGUUUAGGUAGUGUUUAACGUUUCAUGUUUUUUUCAUUUGGCUGCAAAGAUUUGGGGAAAGAGGGGACGAUUUCAGCACAUGAGAAAUCAUUUUAUAAUAUAUGAUUUAUUUUAUAACAACUUCUGCAGUUCCCUCUGAAUAAUAAAUUGCAAUGCCUGUGAACACACACACACACACUCACACACACACACUCUGUUCUGUACACAGCAGCAGCAUUCCCUUUCCCUGCGAGACAAAACAAAUGGAUAAAAUGGAUGUUUAUUAGGACUCCACCAGGGCUGUCAAGUGAAGAGAUGUGGGUGAUGAAGAUUCCCCCUUUGAGAAAACACACUGAAUUGAGUGUGAGCGUGUAUCUUUGUGGGUAUGCCGUAUCGCACUGUCCAAGCUGCAGAGGAAAGAAACAUACGGCACAUAGAGAUACAGAGCAUCAAGGGCAGAGGGGGCAAAAACAGAGCAGACAUGUUGUCUCCCGGUUGCCAUCAAUUGUGUUAGCGGAGUCGGCUGGAGACUUUCUCUUUGUAUUCUCCAGCUCUCAUCCGUUUGUUCUGCCCUCCUCAUUCUUUCCCUCUCGGGCUGUCAAACUCCCCCAGCUUUUUCACCCCCAAUUUUCUUUCCAAACGUCAGAAAGCAAAGAGCUUUAUAUGCUCCGUAUGUACACACAGCUCCUCUGCAGACAUUCCUGUUCAUCACACAGUUACUCCUCAGGUAUGCAACUUCACUGGUUUUAUGUUUGUUGCCUUUCUGUAGCCACAGAGGGAUUGGGGAGAUGGGGAGAUGGGGAGGGGGAGGUGUGUGAAGGCAGAUCAAAGCUGAGACAGAUAGGUACGGCAAUCCUGCCCUGAAGGACAUGUCUGUUUACUAGAAGAAUCAGGCUGCUUCCUUAAGAUAGAAAAUACCCCACAUCUGCUGCGGUUCCCUCUAGUGCAUCUGCUUUAGUCAACAUAUCUGACCGUAUGUAAACGACUACCCCAUUGUUCGAGGCUACAUGGUUACAUCUCAGUCCGGCGAUCGGACAGGUUGUAAACCUGUAACAACCCAAAGCUGAGACGACAGGUCAAAACUGGAGCAGGAAGUCAGUCUGUAAACUGUGCUGGAUGUUUUUUAACAGACACUUUCACUCAGCUUUGUAUUCUCACCAAAAUAACUCCAGAUUGCUUUCUGAUAUCUCCAACUCAAUUUGGCAUGGUAACUAAUUUCAAUAAUGCUAAUGACAUUGUGUUGGCGUUAGCUGUUUCCUGCACAGUGUGCACUCCUCUAUCUGAUGUAACAGUGUGAUCGUGAGGAGGCGUUUGUGUCUUUCACAGCAAUCAAAGAAAAGUGCUGAUAUGAAAAGCCCUGCAUACCCACACAGGUGUUUUCAAUCACUCUGGCUGAUUAGUUCCGUUUAUUGUGGGAAUUAAGCGUACACAUUUAGCUGUGUGUGUUGCAUGAAUUCAACUCUCAGAGUACAGAUACUAAAAAUAGAGCUGAGCAACAGGGAGUGAUUUCAGUCAACAUAUAUUUUCUGACUCUCAACCAAGCAGGCAUCUUUGCCCUGAUUGAUUUUCAAAUAAACUCACUGUGUACAGGACUAGACAUCUAAUUUGGUGAAACAAGAUUGAGAUGUGAGCCAGCAUUUCUAGCCCCAAAGAACUAGACCUUGUUUCUCUUGCUUAAUUCGAUUUCGUUUUAGACAUGCUGCAGUAUUUCUAAAAUUCUGCAAGAUCUUCUUAAGCCAUUUUCACACAUGCACUCCUGGGGUGUCUCAUGAUGCAAGAGAUGACGUAGAAAGAAUAAUUUUGCAAACAAAGCAACAGAGUCGGAUGCCUUUGUAUCAAUGCUUCCUGUAGUUGGACACAUUCACAAUAUCACCGAAAUAACAGAAAAGAAAGUACUGGGACACCAAAAACAUAAUAAAGCAGCCUCAUUAUGUGCAUGGAGAAACCACUGGACGUUUGUUUUACAGUCUAUGGUCUACUAACGUCAUCGCCCCCUCCCACCCCCUGACUUCACAGAGAGAGUUUACAAAGGGGCAAACAGCUCACCUCGAAAAUGUCAGGACCUUUUCAGAAGUUAUGUGCAAGCAUUAGAGUAUCACUUUUUCUACAGCUGAUGGGAAUGAUGGCCAUAAAGGAGGACAAGACCAACAAGUAGUAGUGAACUGGAAGUUCUUCAGCAGGAAAUGGUAAUUAGGUAUUUGUUGGCUGCUGUUGGAAACAGAGCAGAGAAACCACUAGGGCCAGAGGAGGCUGUGUUAGAAGUUGUGCAUUAAGUCAUCCUAGAUGGGAGGGUUUGCUUCCUUAGAUAAAUCUUUGGAACUGGAUGUUCUGCUCCUACAUAAGAUAACAAAUGACCCAGCGAGGAGGAGAAAAAUGACCCACCCAGAUUCAGUGUUUUGACACUGUUGCAGUCUGGCAGCCUGCACGCCUCAGAGUAUCACCUGAAGUCAUUCUUGACUUUUCUCUUAUUGUUUCUAGAAUGAGUUAAUGUGAGAGUCACAGAUUUAGGAAGAAGGGGGCAUCGUGCAUCAGGAAGCAUCUGAUUUGGUCUGUUAUGUGCAGCAACCCUGCUGGCUGUGAUUCACCGCCUGCCCCCAUAUGCUCCAACUCCUCUUGUUGUGUCCACGGGGGGAACAUGACAGCUGCUGAUGUACAGCGCAGGCACGAGCGGUCACAUCUCUCCUGCUCGGCUGCCUCCACAAACUCUCUACACAUCCUUUAUUUAAUGCCUCGCUCAGCCUGCGGACACCAGGCGCUACAUUUACAGUAGCUGGCAGCACUGACACAGAAGAAAUACAGCUGUGCUCUUUAGAUGUUCUGCUGCUCAGGAGGCAUAUUCAUACAAUUUCUAUAAAUCAGACUGCGUUGUAACUCAGUGCAGCCCGACGAAAAAACCCAAAAAUAAAUAUUGUUUCUUGUGCUGUUGCUUUGUCUCGCAUGGGGUGGGGAAUUGUUUGAACGCUGCUGUCACAGAAUGGAGGGUAGUAAAAAUAAAACAAAAGCAUCGUCUGUCUCCAAAAUCGGACGCCACGCUUCAGAGAGCCAGCCCUGCACACUCUGUGACUCUUUGCCCCCGACUGAUCUGACUGUGCUGACAGUCUGAAAUGUUCUGCUCCGAGUGAACUCCCUCUCAGUUCCGCCACUGUCACCUCGUUUUCAUGCUUGUGUCAGAGAAAAUGUUCCUUCAUGUCUUCAGAAAGCCGGGAUGAAUGCCAUUUUAACAAAAAACUGUUUUAAUUAUGUUAUUUUUGUACAUUGGUUAUUGCCGUUUGUUUUUAUACGAUAUACUGUUGUUUCCCCCCUUCCCCCCCUUCUUCUUGUAGGCUGUUUUUACUGGCUUUUCUUUUUCAGAGGCUCUUUGGAACUCAUUGUGAGAACAUGACAUUAUUAAACAUUUGUUUCUGAGGGGAUUAGUCUUUGAGAUGUUCCCCUACUAGGUGCAAAAAAUGCCUUUCUGUCUUAACGUUGCUACAGGCAGUUAAAGCAAUUAAGUCAGAAUUGAAAGGGGGGGGGAAUUUGGCAUAGUAUCGAGUGAAGCAAACAAAAGACAAACUGCACGCUUGUCGUAGUGCUUCUCUGUAUUAGGACCUAGUUGAAUUAAAGGAGGGCGUGCUGGUUUAAUCUGCAGUAUUUCUCUUUUUCAAACUGCCAGUAGGAGGCCCUGUUUGUACUUGUAGUGCAUGGUCUAUUAUUAUGACACUGCACAACCCCAUGUCACUACAGUCUCUCAGCCCUGGAUGUAAAUAUGCUCAUUUUACAAACUGAUGUUUCUUACUCAUUCUUUCACUUUGGCACAUUUAAAUGCCAUUUUAUAUGACUGAAAUUGCCUAACGACCCGAGCUCUCUUCGACUGUAUCAUCAAACCAAAGCUGUGUCCCGAUUCAGGGCUGGAAUUCUUCGAAGGAGCCAGCCUAUCGUGGCGCGGGUCAAACGAAAAUGAGACAGUCUGGCCUGUGAAGGACUUCCUGUUUGCGUUACCAGCUGUUGCCAUCCAAUCUUUUUCUUGCUAAGCCCCGCCCCUUUUCACCUAGCAACCAUAGCAGCUGCACCAGAAUUAGCUAACAUAACCAACAUCAUGUGGCUUAACCUAUCACUAAUGAUACUUUUUAAGGCCUCUUUCAACUUUAAACAUUAGUACUGCUAGCUUUUUUGACUGAUUUGAAACUAAUAACUAAAUUUUAAAAGCCUGGUUUACACUUCUGCGUUAAAUCUAGGCCGUAGCAUACGCUGUGGCUUCACUUAGCCUGACUUGCUCAACAUUUCUGGUAUCGCUGCUAUUUUCUCAAUUCUGCAGAAGAGAGAAUGCUAGAAAUAAGUAAUGCAGUAUCAUCAACUGCUGCUCAAUAUUUAUCAGCUCCAGCUCCGACAUACGUAACAUGCAAAGGUUUCUGUUGCCAUGGUUUCCUGUACACAAACAAGCAGAGAAUGAGGCGGAAACUGGUGAUGUAACUAGCAUAGAAAUUGCAGUGCCAACUAGUGUUUGUAAGGUGGAGUACACAGAAUUACCAAUGCACAAGUAUCAGCCAUUACGACGUAGAUUCAACGCAGAAGUAUAAAUCAGGCUUUAAAGCGUAACUUUCAACCAUUGCGAUUUGCAUGCAUUGAUCUUGGGAUAUGUUGCACCACGAAGGAUGCAUCUUCAGUGAAAAGUAGGAAGCAUUCAUCGGCCACAUUGGAAGGAGCCUCGACGCGCUGCUGUGACGCGAUCAGUCUUCAUAUGCGCCCUUCGAAGGACCCUGGCCCUGAAUUAGGACACAUGCAGCUUGUGUUAUCAAUUCUCACGUUUGACAGAUUUUCUGCCUCUGUUUUUUUUUUUUUUUUACAGUACAGGAAAAAUGUAAAUUUGAUGUAAAUUUGUGUUUUUGUCAGUUUUGUUCUAUUUUAUUUGACCACAUUUACAUCUUGUUUGUAGUAAGACACACUAUGUUUGUUUUGGAAGGAGUAUAACGUAUCCCAUCUAAUCCAGGGAAGCUCUCCCAGUAAAGCACAGGAAAUGGCAGAGGAAAGAGAAUCUGCUUUCUCUGCAGUGAAGAAUUUAGAGACUUAAAAAUACUUUUAUUUCUCCCUUCUUCUCUUUUUUUCGACACAUUAUUUCUGUAAUUUCUGUAACCCCCGUGCUACAGCUGAAUAUCUGAGCAGUGGAAAUGUAUGCUCUACAAAUGGUGUGUUUGAUGUUGUGUUCUGCUGGAUGGCAAUAUCUGAUACCUGCCAGCCUUGUCCUGUGGAGUUUCUUCUGCUACAUGUGAAAGCACUCUGAAUAUCUAUACUAGGUGGUGCACUACCUUCUCUUUAUUCUCUAAAUCAACUAUUUUUUAAAUAAAGGAAAGAGUGUCACAAAAUCCCACGGCACCGUACGCUCAUUGCCUUUCAUGUUUAAUGACUGGAUGCUCCUGAUGUAUUCCCUUUUCAUGUCACUGUCAAUUAUAUUGGUAGCAUUUAAACACUGUUUGAUGCUGAAUUCUUUUAGGGGGGUUGGAAGGCAGGACUUGGAAUGAAGAUGAAGAGGAGCGGUGUCACUGCAGAUCCCAUGGUGUACUGUUUGAGAGAAAGUGGCACUGCCGCCUUAAAAAUGGUCUGUUUUUUUUUUUUUUAUAAAAUAAUAAAAGCUGAGGGAGCGUCGUCCUUCAGAUGCUGAGAUGAGCUAAUGGUAGAAAAGAAGCCAAGCUGAGGGGUUUUUAAAGAACAAAAGGGAGCUGAUGAAAGUGGAAACAAACGCCAAUUUGUCUGGUUGUUCGGCAGCACAGCGAGAGCAGCAGAGUGUUUUUGUACCGAGUUUUAUCCCCUUUUGAAACCUAAUUGUUAUCUGGCCCUUGUGUGCUAGCGAGUGGAGUUUAUUGUGCCAUUUCAUCCUGGCUUUUUGUUUCGCAUCACUGUUCCUUCUAUGCAAAAAAUAAUUACCUAAAUAAAGCCUUUGUAAAGACUAUUUUGUAUAAGUAACAUGUCCUGAAAUAAAGUGAACA